AUGCGGGACCUCGGCGCGGACAAGGCAUUUUGGGACUGGGCCAUGACCAGCCUCCGGAACUCAAGGGCCUGCACCGGGGACGCACACCUUUUUGCCGACAUCGGCAAGGCGAUACCUGAAGUCAACUGCCAGAUGGGUCACUACCACCCGUUCAACCACAACUCGUGGGUCGUGAGCUACCCGGACGCCGACGGCAGCAGCAGCAGCAGCAGCCCGGCGCGGGGCGUCGUCCGGCGCUGGGAUACCAACGUGCUCAUCCUGCCGGCCUUCCUAGACAAGGGCGUUGCCGUCAAAGCCACCAGGUUCGUCGGCAGGGACGGUGAGCCCACCGCCGCGCCCGGUGAGGACGGCGCCCAGGACGGGGUGGAGAGCGUCGAGAUGGGCCGCUUUGUCGAGAACGAGGACCUGGCCUGGUUCGUCAAGGCCGACAUGGACGUCAAGUUCGAGCUGGAAGUGGACGUGGACGCGGACGCGGAUGCUGAGGUGCCACAGGACCGGCGUCGCGGCAGUCUUUGCCGUCGGGCCUCUCUGCCUCGACCCCCACGGCGAGGAGCCCUUUUGUAA